AUGAGCGAAAAGCACUACACCGACAGAAAGUACUACGCUGGCAGAAAGUACUAUGUCGACAGAAAGUACUAUGCUGGCAGAAAGUACGACACCAGCGGAAAGUACGAUGCCAGCAGAAAGUACUACAAGGGCAGAAAGUACUAUGCCAACAGAAAGUACUACGAGGGCGGAAAGUACUACACCGGCGGAAAGUACAAUGCCAGCAGAGAGUACUACAAGGGCGGAAAGUACUACACCGAUGAAAAGUACUACGCCAACAGAAAGUACUACGAGGGUGGAAAGUACUACACCAGCAGAAAAUACUGCGGCAACAGAAAGUACUAG